UCCUCCGAACUUACAACAAAACAUUCUACAACAAUCUCCUCCCUCCUUCCUCUUUCCUCUUUCCUCUUUCCAACAACCAUCCUCUUUCUUUUUCACAACCGCCAUCUUAGAAAAUUUCUUUCUUUCUAUUGAUACUGAAUCUUUGAUUGUCAUCCACUGGAUCCUCUCUACUUCUUUUCAAGUACAUUGUCAGGGGUUGAGGUACAUAUUUUCUCUGUUUCCAGGAUCGACCUUUGAAUAUUAACGUGAGUAUUCUUGUCCUGUUCUUGAAUCUUUUUAUCUACUCAAAUUCUAGAUUUUUCUUCGUGCAAACACUUUCCACACUUUGACUUUUUGCUUUUUUUCAUCCUUGCACCCAGACUUGAUAUUGAUCUGAUGGGAUGUGCUUUCUGAAAACUCCUGUAGCUUCCUUAUAAAAGAAAUGUAUGAAUACAGAUGACACGUUCGAUCCCAAGCAACAUAUCCUCACUACUUGUGUCCUUUGGCCCUGCUAAUGCUACUUACAGUGGGAAGUCAUCAUGCCUCGCCUCAAAAGAACUGCUAAAGUAAUGCCGCCUGGAUCCAAAACAAAGGCAACCAAGACGACCAAAGCCACAAAGUCGAAGCUGUCUAUGAAGAAGAAGAAUACCGUCAGCUCAGAUGAAGAAGCUCCUCAGCCAGAGGCGAAUGAGCCUAUUGUAACAAACCCUGUUGAUCGGAUCUAUAAGACAAUCACUUUGGAAAGUGACGAUAUCGAGGAUGGAUUGUGGAUGAUGCGCAAACUUGGUAACGGUAAAUACGAGGCUGUUAACCUCAAUACCGUUUCGCAUGAAGACCUUUGCUCGGAGGAAAAUGAGGCGAGAAUGGCCUCUUAUCCGGACAGCGUUAAUGUUUUCGAAGCUAGCCAUAAGUCUUUGGAAGAUAUCAAAAUGAAGUUAGAUAGAGCUGUCUUUGCUGCAAGUAUGUAUUUGACUUCGCGUCCAAUUACAUAUGCUUCACACGUACAUAAUUGACGGCUUACUUUAGGUGGAAAAGUCUUCCGGCUCGAGAAGCUUCCUAUCGAGUUGCGCUACAAAAUUUACGAGUUGGCAUUGAUUUCAUAUUCUGGCUUAAUACCCAGCGCUCUUCCCUUUGACGACGGUUGCAAGCAAUCGGGUCUGGCGCUUGGCCUUAUUGCUUCUUGUCGCUAUAUUAACGCAGAAUGCAUGCACUUCUUUUGGAAGAAUACUUUCAACCUGAGUGCCCCAACCAUUAAGCGUCUCAGAGAAAGCAAACAAACCUUGAUUCAGAACGCUCGCAAUUUCAAAUGCGAUUGGAGUGGUAUUUAUUCCAAGGAUUCAUUUAUUUUUGGACUGCUCGCCUCUUGCGAACACCUUGAGACUCUGGAAAUUGUAUUGCAGCGCUCGUGUGUAUCCGACGGCCAGCCAGCAUACUAUCAUCGUAAAGUACAGCGUCUGCAUCAAACCGACAACAGUAUUCGAAAAUUCAAUAAAAGCAAUGGUUUCGACAAACUCAUUAGUCUCCGCGACCUUAAAAAGGUCAUCGUCUCAAAGCACUGGACUUUGAAUCUUGACAAAGCUCUGACCGAAACAGAAUUCAAAAAUUUCGAGCAAUUUUUGAUAAAGAAAUUGACAACGCCAGUGGCAUCGCCUGUGGUAAGUUCGCGAUUACACGACUAGAUCCCAUAUAUCAUUUUCUAACCACAUUUAAAGGCCUUUACACAACCUCCUCCAACUCCACCGAGAAAGUCUACCAGAAUUCAAAAGCUCGAGAAUCUCAAACCAAUCAAAUAUGUACCUGACCCAGUUAGCGACGACGAGGAAGAUUCGUGGAAUGAGGAUGGGGACGAUGACAGCGACGACGAUGGCGAUGACCAAGACGUUAUGUCGAUUGCAUACAUAACAUGAUGGCCUACUUUAACUAUUUCCGUAGGUAUGAUAUAUCUCCAUUAUAUGAAAUGCGCUUUCAAUGAGAUAUGGACAAGUUGAUGCCCUAAUGUGUCCGGAGAUAUAUAGGGCUCAUGAGGGAUUGAUGCUCUGAUACACGGGGGAACUUUAACACAUGUUGUCUAAUAUAUGGAUUUGUAGAGAUCCACUAAUAGUGGAAGUCUACAUCACCCAAUAUUACAAGAAAGAAAUUGCGUAUACUGCGCCAACGUCAAGUUUAGCGGAAGGGAUAGUGGGAAGGGACCGCGAGCAUUAUGGGAGGAUUUCAUAUCUACUUAAACGCCAAAGGAGUGUGCAUUACUUAUGUUGCUAGACAGCGCCAAUUAUAAGAGAAGAUU